CUCAGGUCAAUUGCUUUUGCCCCCAGCUGUGAGGACAAAGAGCCCGUGUUUGGGCCGUAUAGCGGGGCAAAGGGGGCAGUUGCACGCUUUUUUGUUGUGUGAAGAGCUAACGGUUCAAGCCAGUGCUGGAGGCACUAUCGAAAUAAACGAUAAUGAGUGAUAAAAUUGAGGGAAACGUUGAGAAAAGUGACGAUAAGAAGGACAUCGAGAUGGAGGAGAGGGAGAAGAUGUUGAAUGCGGAAAACAAGGCUUUGGAGAAGGUGGAGGAGAGUGCCGACAAACCCAAGACUGAAAACAAAGAAGGUAUGGAAGUGAAGCCCAAGAAAAUCCCCAUCGGCGGGAUACAAAUGCCGGGGUUUUUCACCAGGAGCAAAUCGCGGGAAAAGUGCAAGGAUGAGGAGCAGGAAGUUGAAGGAACGGAGUUAAUCGAAACUCGAGCUGCAGGUGAAGCAGCCCCCAGUCAGACCCGGAUAAAGCUCCCCAACCCGUUCAGAAAAUCCAAAGGGGGCGAAGAAGACGAAAAAUCAGCCGAACAAAAGGAAAAGAAGAAGCUUUUGGACACAAUCCGACUGCCGCUUGUUUCGGUCUUCCCCCGAAAGAAGAAGGAAGAACAAAAACUAGAGUCACAAACUGCUCAAGCUGGUUUAGCCUCGAUGGAAACCCUCGACGAUAAAUCGACCAACGACGAGUUGAAAAACGUAAAUCUGGACGAGAAAAAAGACCUGGAGGCGCAAGAAGUCGCCGAAGAAGCGACCUGGCGACAAAAACUCAAAACAUACAGAGUGGCAAUUGGGGCCCUGCUUGUUUUUCUACUCCUGACGCUUAUCAUCGUAAUUGUGGCCAUUCCUGGAAAGGACGUUCCUCGAGUGGCCCCCAUUAAAGAUGGGGGUUAUGUGGAGGCAGUCACCGGCUGUGGCAAAGUCGAAGGAUUAGUAGAAGACAGUGCAGUGGCCUUCCGGGGGAUCCCCUACGCUCGCCCCCCUGUUGGCAACCUCCGAUUCAAGUACGCACAGCCCUUAAAUAACAUUGACUAUUGCUGGAAUGGCACUUUCCUCGCCCAUAAUUCGACGGAAACUUGCCUCCAAAUUCACAGCAAUGGGAGUAUUUCUGGGACUGAGGAUUGUCUCACUCUUGAUGUGGUGACACCGUAUGUCCGGUAUCACGAUCCGCUUCCUGUUAUCGUUCUAAUUGGAGCGGAAAGUUUCAUCGGGGGUUCCCCCGGAAAAACGCGGCCUUCGGCAAGGUACGCCCGCUCCAAAGAUGUUGUUUUCGUGCGACCGAAUUUCCGGCUGGGGGCGCUGGGUUUCCUGGCUUUGGAUAUUUUGUCCAAUAAUGACUACCCCCCAACUUCCGGGAAUUACGGGCUGUCGGAUAUUAUUGAGGCCUUGAAGUGGGUCCAACUGAAUAUUCGGCAUUUCGGAGGUGACAACAGCUCGGUCACACUCCUGGGGCACCGAGCUGGUGCAACUCUAGUAACAGCUUUGGCGACCCUCCCCGACGCCAAAAAAUACUUCUCCAAAGCUUGGGCCUCCUCUGGGGGCGCCCUUUACCCCAACAAAACCCGGCGCGAGGCCGAAAUCGAUAACCGAAGUUUCCUACAAUACGUCGACUGCCAAAACAUCGACUGUCUCCUGAAACUAGACGCUGAGAAAAUCGUACGUUCGGUGCAAGACACCUGGAGGAAACCACCUCCAGACUUGCCCACCCCAGAGGAAGACCCCAGCAAACGCCACUACUGGCUCACCCUGGACGGGCACAUCCUCAAAGAGCACCCGGCCACCACCUGGACCCAGAACAAACUCAAACUAGUGAUCGGGACCACAGCACAUGCCGGUGCUUCCGAAACACUCUUAUUGAAACAUAAGGAAUGGUCGGAGUUUUUGGUCAGGAAACACAUUCAUGAGUCGUUCCUCACCUCGAGGAAUUUGUCGGAAAGUGCACUGGAGAUGUACCCCAGGAGCUACAAGGGUCUGAGUGCCAUGAUUUCGGAUAUACGUACAGUGUGCCCCCUUAUGGCCAUCACCAGCCAAAUGCACGAAGUUCCGUUUUACGUUGUGACACAAACGAGAGGUGAACAAGACGUGGCGGAUGUUGAUUCAGAUAUUGAUGCGAUUUUGGGGCGCUAUGAGCCCAAAACACCGGAACAGAAACGGUAUUUUUCGGCAAUGCAAGGGUUGUUCUACCAUUAUGUUUGGUCCGAUCGGAUUGAGCAUAAAGACGUGACGAAGAAAAUUCUCCUUGUGGGACAAGACGUUCUGCCAAAUGCUACAUAUUCACAUUGCGCUUUUUGGAUCAAUAAAGGCGUGGUUCUCCCGUUCGCCGCGCUUGAUUAAGUUAUUUUUUCCAGUUAUCUUCAACUUCUUUUAAGCUAUUUGGAGUUUCUUCAAUUAUUCGACUACUUUUCUCUAACUCCUACUCAAGUAAUGCAACUUCUUCCAGACUUGCCCAAGAAUUGCUCAACUCCACCUGAUUUUGACGAGAUUCAACAUAACUCAACUUUUUAUUUACCAUUAUUUAUUAAUUUUCUUUGUGUUUUUUUCUUCAACUGACCGCAAAUUUUCGCGCUUUUUCACUCAAGAAAACCUACUUGUGGGACAAGACGUUUGCUGCUCUUGAUUAAGUUAUAGUGUGUUGGUAGUGGUGUUAUGGGGCACUGCUACCGGACAGGGUAUUAGGCCUAAAUUUUUGAUCUCUUAUACAUCAUUGUUGAAAAUUUGCCAAAUGUAAGACACUUUUUAUACUCAUUAGGUUAGGUUUAGUAAAUGUGAAGCUUAAGGUGUGCUAAAGACAGUCCAGUAGUUACUUGAUAUUAUAUUUUGUAUUUUAUUUAUAUGAGCUUUUUGUAAUGAUAUACACCUUGUACUUGAUUCUAUGAAUCGUUUUAUUUAUGACGAAAUGUACCAUUUUUCUAUUUACUUAAUAAACAAUAUCGAACGACA